GGGCCCCCUGCUUGGGCCAUCCUUCAUAAACGACUCUCCAGACAGCCUGGGCUCCAUUCUCUUUGCGGAUGACACCACACUGACUGCUGGAGGAGAAUCACUGGAGGAAACAUCGGGAAGGCCAGUUGAACAACUGAACGUCGCCAAGAACUGGUUUACUGCAAACAGGGUGAAGCUAAACGAAGAGAAAACCAACUUUCUGGUCUAUUCCCUCAAGAGGACUGCAUUGAAGGCUGAGCCAGUGAGGCUUCUGGAUUGACAACAAGCUGAGGUGGCUGAGGUCACCUAAAAAUGCCAACUCAGCAUGUCGCUGUUCCGAGCUCGCGAACUGUGGGCUACGCAGGCCGGAGGUGACGUCACAGAAUCGUUCGACUCAGCCUCUCUGCUAUUGGUCGACCUGCGCGGCAAGCAGACUAAUGACAGCAUCGUAUUGGGCAGUCACUCUGGCGUGCUGCGCAUCUACGAUCCCCAGUCGGGGGAUUUGGAGGGCAAUGGAGGCGAUUUCAAAGCAACCGACCUCUUGCUGGAGACCCAACUGGCUGAACCGAUUCUGCAGCUCGCUUAUGGCAAACUUGUGUCUGGUUCACAAAGCCAACAUCUGGGGGUUCUUCAUCCACUCAGCUUGGCAGUUUACAACAUUUCAAUAGUAGCUGGAUCAGCAGAACAUGGUGACCAAUUACAACUAACCCUAGUCUACGAGCACCAACUGCGCAAGUCAGCCUACAGCCUAUUGGUUGGUGCCUUCGGAGGUGUGAGGGGGCGUGACUUCACCUGCAUCCAAUCACUGGACGGCACUCUCACAUUCUACGAACAGGAGACCCUGGCAUUUGAGCGCAGUCUGCCUGCUGGCACCUUCCUACUACCGGGGCCAAUAGUGUAUGUGACGCAAUCCGAUACGUUUGUCACGUGCAAUGCUAACUUGGUUGUGGAGGCUUACAGAUACGGUUCCCUGGGCGACGACACAUCUCGCAAACUAGUGGCCAGCUGGUCGCACAACCUGGGCGAGGAUGUGGUGGACAUGCAGGCGCUGACUUGGCAGGGCGCAGAGGCCGCCAUCUUGGUUCUCGGCGAACGACACGUGUUCUGUCUGCGCGAGGGAGGCGCGAUCCGGUUCGUCAAACGACUGCCGUUCUCGCCGUUGUGCUUUCACGCUUAUAUAGUUGAGCCGGAUGGAAAGUUGAUGAUAAUGUGUGUAUCUGAUACAAAAACGCUCCUAGUCUAUGAACAGACAACACUGUGUUGGUCGGCACAGCUCAGUGUUACUCCUGUUCUCAUAAAACGGAUUAAUUUCCAGUCACUGCGAGGACUAAUCCUGACCCUGACUGAGGAGGGCAGCCUGCAGUGCAGCUACCUGGGCACAGAGCCGUCUCUAUUUGUCGCACCGCCAACCAACAAGAAUCUGAAAUCUUUCGAAGAGGCCGAACAAAAGUACAACCAACUACAGAAUGAGAUUACCACGUUCUCACAAAAUAAUCUCUUCAGAUUGGAGAAAGGAUAUAAGUCGAAAGGACACCAGUUAGCUAUACCUCUAUCGGAUUUGCAGCGAUAUUUUGAUCUUCCACUUACGACUUGCGUGGUGAAGGAGAACUCCAUGGUGCUUAGCUUAAAAGUACCGUUGGUCAGCAUCGGCGGACAGUUUCAAUUGCACAAGUAUGUGAGGACACCUAUGUAUUUCGACGGCCAGAUUUGUCAGCUUCAGCAGCAGGAUUUCGUUUUGGCGCGGAGACAGGAGGACGGUGAGAUUCAGGUCAUCUCGGGAGAUCAUCUCUCUUCUUGUCGGGCACAGGACGAUUUCUUAUGCUAUCUUCCGCGGCUGGUGCAUGGAGGACAUAUGUCAUCAAGAUGUAUGCAUCACUUGUUUGCGGCGACAGAGCUGAAGGACAUCCAACAAUAUUGCAGUUUAAGCUGUCGUCCAGCUAAGCAGGAGUUGGAGAUCGUCGAAUUUUCGCCUUCGGAGUAUAUCGUCGCGAAUAUACAGGCCAACACUACAGUCACUUGCGAGGGAGUUGCUGACUCAGCUAGACUCGACACACGAGGUGUCACUGAGCAUGCGCGUGGUGCCCGCAGCCUGGAUGUGACCCUGCAGCGGUGCACUGUGGUGGCAACACUGCACCCCUCUGCAUCCCUCAACAACGUGCAGCUUACAUUCACUGUGCAACCGCCUCUAGUGGUUUCGCCCAAAACGCAUUUCGUCAGCAAUUUGUGUGACAAAUGCGAACUAAUGAGCACCGUCUCAAUGGACACCAUCAGCCACCAAUCCCCCGCCUUCUCUCUUGAACUCCAAGCGGUGGCCGCCUAUCUCAACAACUCUCUCACUCCCCACAUCGUCCUCUCCUCUCUCCAGCUUCCCCUGCCCCUAGUGCUCCAGCUGACCACCCCCUCCUCCGAGGCCAACCACAAGAUCACCCUGACCACCCCCCACCCCAUUCCGCCCUUCAGUCAGCUGUUCCGGGAGUUUGGGGAUUUGGAGGAAGUGAACUGUUCGGACACCAUCAUUGGGUUCCAGCACGCUGGCCUGUAUGACAGUGUGGUGACCGUAAUUGUGUCAAAAAGUGCCACUAAGUAUCGAGUGCAAGCUGACACAUUGGCCGCUGCCACGCUGUUGGUGGCUCAGUUGAAGGCCAGGUUGGAGUCGCAGCUAGGCAAUGGAAAGGUUGGUACACCUGUGCUGGGUUAUAAUACGUUGGCUCUACCGACACAGGAGUUGGCCACAUCUAUUGAACAGCACGUCACACUGCGAAACAGUAUUAACGAAUUGCAGGCAGAGUUGGGUGCUCAAACAGCUCAGUUCAGGGUGAUCCAAAGACGAUUGCUGGUGAAAAUAAGAGACAAAACUCCCAGCUCACUUGCAGGGCUCGACACACUACUCAAGGAUUCCUACAACAAAAUAUUAGAAGUUUCACAUCAACUGCAACAUGUCGUCCAAGAAUCAGAAGAAAAAGGUUGUGAACUGAGCAGUGUGCUGAGACUUGUGCUACUAUUAAUCAGUAUCAGCGAGGGAGCAGUGAACCAAGAUUUGGCUGAUCUAACGGCUGCUUUGUCCUACACCUUACACGCUUCAGAAACACAGGGCUGGGAAGAAGUGAGUGAAGCAGGUGUUUGCUAUCUUUUGCGAACUUCCCUGGCCAGAUCAAUCCGUGAUCAACAAAGAACCUGUGUCAAUCCACUCAAAGAAUUUGGAAGAUUCAAGAAGCACAUUGUAUGUGCCCUGGAAAGGGUUAUGAACAGCUCUAGUAGGCCUAGCGACGAUGCGAGAGGUGUUUCCCCCAUAAUGGAAGGGGACGAGCCCCCUGGCUCCAGGGCGGGGAGGAGGUUGUCACUGGACGGAGCAGACAGUGAGUCGCACAAGCCUAGGCUGCUUCCUCUCAGGAAACAGAACACUGUCGCAUUGGAAAACACACAGAUUACAGAUGAAGCAGGCUCUGUGGAUUUUGACGUUGAAUCAUCAUAAUAUUGAGAAAUCUUAUUUCGUGUUUUCAAUCGUUUUUUUUCUGAUGAAAUAUCGAUGUUGCUAUUCUUGUUGAAAUUAAGUUGAGAAUCAGUUGAAAACAUAAUAAUCGUAUAGUUUUCUCUUCAAUACAUUCUAUUGAAAACCUACAAGAUUCUAUAUUAGAUUAUCUUACAUUGAUUUUGCAAGUGUUGAACGAGAAUGAACGAUGAAUACCAAAACAAACCAACACUAUUAUAGAACUAAUUAAUUUGUUGCUUAAUGUGGCGAAUCAGUCUGUUUGAAUACCUUUAUGUCGGUAAUUCACUAUCAAUAUAUAUUUCAUACUAAUUAGAACAUUAUUCACAAUGUAAACAUGAUGUAUGGUACUGUAAAGAAUGGGACAACUGAAAAGCAAUUGAAAAAAUUACGGUUUUAUACUAUAAAGUUCUGUGAAUAAUCACGAAAUUAAAGUUUCAUGUUAAAUAUGGAUUACAGUAUCACCAUAGUACAGUGUUACUAUUAAUACUAUGAAUAUAUUCAACUAUUGAACAAUGUACUAUAGAAUACCUAAUCUAGAAAUUUGGAUAUGACCACUGACUUCGAAAGCCUUGUACCGUUGAAGCUAAAUUUAAAAGAAUUAAAAAGAGGAAAUAACCUAAUCCAUUAAUGGUAUUUUUUAUGUACUUCUAGGAGAAAGCUGUGAUUGAAGCCACAUAAUUUAAUCAAUACUAGCACAUAUUCGGUAUUUGAAUGACAAUACAAAAUUUAUAACUCAUUUCUAAUAACGAUAACACUAACUUAAUUAAAUUGUAUUUUCAAAUAAGUAGUUUUUCAAUUUUUAAACGUUUGCAUUCCAAUAAUUUCUAGAGUGUUUAAGAAGUGCCUUGAUCUUAAUAUGUGUAACAUUUCAUUGUGAGUUGUUUCAGUUUUUCACCAAAUUUAUCACUUGAUCAAUUUAGUAGACAGCACAGUGUAACUUACUUUGUGGGUAGUUGAAAUAAAUUAUUUGUGUUAGAUUUUUUAAUGUUGAAUUAUAAUAUAUUGU